AUGGAUAAUUCAAUCCAUCAGCAUGUUUUUGACCCCGCGCUGAACCACGACCACAAUGGCGUCCCUGAAGAACAGAGGAAUCAGGAUGAUCCUUCAACAAGCACCGCGGUUCUCAAUCCUGACGGGACACCAAUCAAGAGGCGGCCAGGGCGACCAAAAGGGAGCACGAAGAAGAAUCUGUUAGCAGGAGGGCCGUUACCUCCAAAGCCCAAGAGGCCUGUAGGGAGACCGAGAAAGGAUGGGUUUCCAGCGGGAUCUGUUGGGCCUAGGGUUAAAAGAGAGAGGACGGUGGGUGUUCCACAGGUGGUUCAAUAUCCUGGUGUAGCUUACCCACCUAUGCCUUACGGAUACUCUAUCAGCGCACCAAUACCACCUGCUGUAGCUGCAGCUGCAGCUGCUCCGAUGUUCCAAAUCGAUCCGUCUUUGGCUGGUGACAAUGAAUGGGCUGACCUGGCGCGUACCAACCCAAAUGCAUUCCUCAGCACGCUGCUUGCAGCUCUGGCAGCCCCAAACCCAGUAUCCAGCGCAGGUCCAACUGUCGAAGAAGCCUUCAAAUCUCACUUGGUCUCCUUGGCACCGAAUCCGUCACAAAUGCAACCCAUCCCAUCCCUCUAUUCUAUUCUCAAAACAUUCUGGUUGCCCUCAAGCCCCGCGUAUUUCUCGCUCACUGCCUCAGCAUCUACUGCUCGCACCCCCUCAGAACAUCGCUUCUUGUAUUGGGAUCCACAACCACUGGUGUUCAACGGAAUCGCGUGCCCAAGUUGUUCCGCCCCACUUAUCAACAAAGGCCGUAUCAGCUCAGGGCCAGUCAAAAUCUACGACAUCGAACGCCCCUUCUUCAUUGUAGGCUGCGAAUACGUGUGUCGUUCGCCUACAUGCAUCGCUGCCACCGGAUCUCCCGAGGGCCGCAAAUACGCGUCGACAGAUUCUUCGAUCUUACGAUCUUUGCCUUUGUUGUUGAAAGAUGAAUUUCCUGCUAAGCUCUUGAAUGGAGACGCGGAUGCAGGGAGCGGGCCAAAUGUGUGGAAUUGGAAAGCGAUGGGUGUCAGCAGCGGUUUAUGGCAUCUGGUUAUGGGUGCUUUAAGGUCGGGGUUGAAGAAGGAUGUUAUCCUCCGACUCAUUUGGUCCGUUCAGACGAAAGCGACUGAUACACCCGCCGAGAGCAUUGCUAUCGCUCCUCAAAGCAAGCCGGUCGUCUUGCCUCCCCCUCCGCCGCCGCCGCCAGCACCGAUUCAAGACGGUCAAGUCCAAGAAAAUGACCAAGAAGGCGAUAAAAUGGAAGAUGGAGAAGAUGAGGAUCACGAGAUGAGUAACGCUGAGGACGACGGGGUAAACGGCCAAGAUCAGGCCGAUUCGAGCCAGACACAAACACUAUCCACAAAUGCGUUCUCAGAUGCAUAUGGCGAUGCGUGGAAAGAAAACACAGCAACGGUCGAAACUCAGGCCAAGAAUCCGACAGUUAAUGGUGCCUCAACCACCCCUAUAUCUGCGCAGCCGCAACCUUCUCCAGCGUCUGGUUCUGCUACGUCAUCAGGCGGGCCUACACCAGGACCUUCGGUAGCGGCAGCGCCAUCGACGGCGCCUGCCCCUACUCAACCAACGCCGACACCAUCUGCGGCCGCGCCCCCGACGCCUCAGGGGGUCACGGUGAUGUCUCCGCAACCCCCACAGAUGCUGCAAGCCAUACCAAACUACAACCCAUACGCCUACCCUUUCACACCGUAUGCAUACAUGCCGCAUCAUAUCGUGAACGGGACGUUGAUGCAAGCCGGCCCGUCUGGGAUGGUUCCCUCCUCCGGCAUGCCACAGCAACCUCAGCAACAGCCACAGCAGCCUCAACAGCCACCUCAGCUCCAGCAACAGCAGAUGGGUGCUGUGAAUGGCCUACCGGGCGCUACACAGAUGGUUACGGUGCAGCACAACAAGCGCAGCCCUCGCCACUGUUGCAAGUGCGGCUCACAAGAGUGCAAGGGCAAAGGAGGUCGCUCCUUCUGCACGAACGGCUGUCAGGACUGUGGAAAGAUGGACUGCAAAGGGCGGAAUAGCAGACGGCCUGAUAAAAAGUGUACCGAAGGGUGGACUUGA